AACUUAUUCAAAUGUACUUGACAUUAUCUCACAUUUAAACAAUAAAAAACUUAUUCUGCCAGUUGUAAUUGUAUUCUUUGGCGCGUGCAGUCUUGACAAUGGGUACAGAUACGUCAACAACCAUGGACCAAAAACCGCCCAUACCCAGGAAGAAAAAGAAAUGGUCGAUAAACAAAAACCUGAUUAUGCUCAAAGUGACGUUGUUUUUCCUUUACGGAGCAACGUCGUCUUUGGUCCCGUAUUUGACAAUCCACAUGCAAAGCAUCGGCCUGACGAUGGAAGAAAUCGCGAUGAUUUACCUAGCCCUUCCUUUCACAACGUUCGUGGCUCCUCCGGUUACCGGAUUUCUCGUCGACAAGUUCGGGAAAUACAAACCUGUUGUUAUCAUAUCGUUUGUCCUAACAGCUGCGUUGCAUCACUGUCUCCUCUUACUCCCGCACCACGAGAUAGCGGGGGUGGUCCCCUCGGGUUACAUCAUAACGCACCCCAAAAAGGGCUACGUGGAAGUGUGGUGGAGCCCCUGCCCCAGUCGGGAGUGUCCCGAGGACGAGGAGCUGGACGUCGCGCUGGACAUGUGCGUCGACCAUUGCUUACUCAAAAAAACGCACCUGAAGCUAAACAACGGGAGCAUAGUAGACCCCGGCAAUACGGACGACCUCUUUUUUCAUUUGAGGAAAAAGAAGAACGAUACGUUGCGGGAGAACUCGACCCAGUUGUUCACCCUCGACAUGCACCCGAAUUUAGGCGAGCCCAUCGAACAGGGCGGCAUUGAUUUGGAGUCGGCCGAAGAAGACGACAAUGUGAUCGACUUCAAGAAGCGCUUCCGCGAGAAGCUUUUGCGCCGAUCGGGCGUCAACGUCUCCGAGCUGGAGGAGAACGAUCUGAGGUGUGGUGGCGUCGUCUCCUCGGCGAAUGACAUGAGCACCCAGCAGCGUCUCCGCAACUACUCCACCGACUGCAUCUUGCAAAAGUGCCAUUUCAUCUCGGGGGGCCCGGAGGUGUGCCCCCCCGAGUACGAGAAGAGCACCGAUCGGAUUUUCUGGAUCUAUUUCGUGGUGCGCUUCGUGGCCAGCAUCAUGCAGACGGCUGGGAUGACCAUCAUGGACCCCAUCGCCCUGACCAUGAUUGAGAAAUACGGCGGCGACUUCGGCAAGGAAAAGCUGUUCUCAAGCCUGGGAAUGGCAAUGUUCUCGCCGAUAACCGGCGCGCUUAUCGACUGGAACAGCCGCCGGUUGGGUUACACCGAUUAUUCCGCGGCAUUCUACACCUACGACGUAUUGCUCAUCGUGGCGGCACUCGCUGUGUAUUUGAUGCCGCUGGGAACGAAGCUACCCGCCGAUAACAUCUUCCGCGACUUGAAAAACAUCUUCCAAAUGCCGCACGUGGUGGUUUUCAUCAUAUUUUUGUACAUUUUGGGCAACUUGUGGGGCUUUAUCGAGAGUUACCUCUUUUUCUACUUGAAGGACCUGGGGGCCCCGAAUUACCUGUUGGGCAUCACUGUGACGGUCGGGACCAUUAGCAGCAUGCCCUUCUUGUACGGGGCUGAUAACAUCACCCAGAAAGUGGGCCAUAUUACUGUCAUUAUCGUGGCAUUUUUCGCACACGCGGCCCGACUUGUCGGCUAUUCGCUCAUUGAGAGCGCUUGGUGGUGCUUCCCCUUUGAGGCCCUGGAGUCGCUCUCGGUGCACAUGAUGUGGGUGGCUGCAGCCACCUAUUGUGCCAUUUUGGCACCGAAGGGCCUACUUGCCACUUUGAUUGGCGUUAUAGGCAUGGCGCAUUUCAGCAUAGGUAGAGGCAGCGGCAGUUUUGUGGGGGGGCACGUGAUUGCAAAGUUUGGAAUACGGCAGGGCUUUCGCCUAAUGGGCUUGGUGGCCGUCAUUUCCGGCCUGGCCUAUGCCCUACUGCACUUCUCAUGGCUGCGAAAUAUUGACAAGGAUGACGAAGAAGAAGAACCUGAGCUAAAAGACGGCGAACCGAAAUUUAAAGACCAGAGCACGAUGGUCAGUUUUGAAAGACUAAGUCUUGUGAUUGAGUACAACCAAAUUGGGUCGUUGUCUUCCUUGGGGAGACAUCGAGAACCCGGCUCCAUUAUCAGGACGAGGAGUAACAGCAUAAGGAGGGGAAGCUACUCCAGCGGAAUGUUUAAUAAAGGGCCGAGAGGCAGCAGCAACUCAAAAGUUGAUUUGCUCAAAUCUGCUAUUGAAGUUAAUCACCACAAAAGCUCUAGUCAAAUGAGAAUUUCGAACAAUUACUUGAACCGGCAAGCGGCUAAUAGUGCCGGAAAGAUUUAUUCAGACGGGAAAGCGAACAGCCCGUCGGAGACGGAAAUUGAAACGCUCAUUCCGAACGAAAAAGAUGAAAUAAUUUACGACUCAGUACAAACACAGGGCAAGAACGAGACCAAGGAUGACCCCGUUUAAAUAUUUGUGUUUUGCUCAUUCACAAUCGUUUUUAUAGCGGGUAAAUAAACAGACUUUUUAAUACAAAGACAAAA